GGCUCGUGUGUGUAAGAAUCUCAGUGAUGCACGUCAGGCGACUCCUAAACCCAUUAUCGAAUUUCAUUUGUAUACGUAAUGAUCAUAAACAAUGCAACUUAAUGAUAUAAUUAACUUAAUUAAUAUACUGAGUAGACUAAAUUGGCGAUGCCACUGUUGUUGAAUCACAAAUAAUUUACUCUAGGAAAAGCUAAGAAGCACAACGAGUUAACUUUCUCCCCGAAGCAUUUAACAAUAAAAACGUUUCCCCUAUUAAAAACUACAGUGAUUUACUGUUACGGAAGCCAAUACUGUCCCGGUUAUCUGUCAGGCUUGGCCAAUCCUAAUUCAGCAGAGGGUACUCCUCGCAGGGGUGCAAAAGCGCCGCCCAAUGAAAAGUGAAGAACGGGAAAAACGUCGUCCAAUGAACAGAGAGCGUGAGAAAAAAGUUGGCAAAAUAUAGGAAAAUAAAGGGAUUUCGCGAAAUAAGAAAGAAAGAAAGAAAGAAAGAAAGAAAGAAAGAAAGAAAGAAAGAAAGAAAGAAAGAAAGAAAGAAAGAACAUAUUUACUGACCCUACUCUUUGCUUGCUUGACUUCGCGAGCUUUUGGUCCCCGGACAGCUAACCAGCUGGGAUCUCCGCAUUGUCGCAGCAUUUGUAUGCUAGGGUCCCACAGAUGGGCGCAGCACCGGGCUGGGAAGACGGAGAGCUGGAAUUCAAACUGGUAUUUGAAGAAGAUCCGCCGGCCGUUCCAGGGUCGGGCGCUGGCAAUAGCACUUGUGAGUCCAGGACAGAGAAGCGAAUAUCCGCGGACGAGACGCAUAGCCCAGAUGGCGACACUGAUGAAUGUCCCUCCCCAUCCUUUCAGGAGAUUUCACCUUCCACAAACCAGCCAAUGAGAACCCUACACGCAAAAAUGGGAGGUAUGAACUGUGCAGCUAACCGUGCAGGGAUGCACUCACCUCCACCACGACCAGCUCUGGACAAGAACUUCAUUGGAACGUACGAAAGCCAGCCAGCAAGGUUUAUACAGCUAGGGGGCUCUCGAAUUCUGGAAUGUCCCAGCAUCCAAAUCACUACAAUAUCACCUGAAAACCAUUAUUCAGAGGAAAACGAACCAUACUCAGGCUGGGAGAGAAUGUCAAGAGAUCACCUUUACCUUCCUCUUGAUCCAUUUGCAUAUCGAGAUGCUGGAUCCUUAAGCCCCAGUCCUGCCAGCAGCUUGUCAUCACGUAGCUGGAUUUCUGAAGCUUCCAGCUGUGAAUCUCUGCAACUACUGUGUGAUGAAGAUGAACUGAAUGAAGCCACAUCAAGAUUUUCGUUGGGAUCACCUAUUGCCUCACCCAGGCCUAGCUCUCCACGGCUGCUUUCUUACCUUCACCCCACCUCCCCCAGUUCGAGGCCCACAUCUCCUGGAGGCAAACGUAGAUAUUCUAGCUACUCCGAAGGUUACUCCCCACUUCCUUCGCCCUCAAUUUCUAGGAGAGGAAGUUUCUCUGAGGACCCGUUAUCUCCUGAUUCCCUAUCAGACUCCUCAACAGCCCCAGACUAUGGGUUUCCAAGAAUAUCUGGUGGAGUAGAAACAGAUAAUAUACCACAAAAAACCAGGAAGACAUCCAUAGAUCAGUCUGCUAGGAAAGAAGAACCUGUCGUCUUUAACAGUAAUGGAUAUCAGCCGAUUGGACCAGCUGAGGAUGGAUUUCUCCAUAUCCGGAAAGAAAACAAUCAGAAUCACCACUCUGGGAUGGAUUACUUAUCUGUUCCAUCACCUCUUGUGUGGUCCAAGGCCAGGAUCAGUGGUCACAGUCCAGUGUUUCGGAGUUCGGCGCUACCUCCACUGGACUGGCCGUUGCCUUCACAGUUUGACCAGUAUGAACUGAGAAUUGACGUCCAGCCUCGAUCCCAUCAUCGCGCCCACUAUGAGACUGAGGGAAGUCGAGGGGCCGUUAAAGCGUCUCCUGGUGGGCACCCCAUUGUUAAGCUUUCAGGAUACAAUGAGAAGCCACUCUCCCUCCAGAUGUUCAUCGGCACGGCAGAUGAACGUAGCCUGCGCCCGCACGCCUUCUACCAAGUACAUCGCAUCACAGGCAAAAUGGUGGGCACUGCCAGUCAGGAGCUGGUUCUGGCAGGUACCAAGGUUCUGGAGAUACCACUGCACCCAGAAAAUGGCAUGACAGCUAACAUCGACUGUGCUGGGAUUCUGAAGCUCCGCAACUCUGACAUAGAGCUACGUAAGGGUGAAACUGAUAUCGGUCGCAAGAACACGAGGGUGAAGCUUGUGUUCAGGGUCCACAUCCCCCAAGGAGGUGGAAAAGUGGUGUCUGUGCAGACUGCCUCCAUUCCCAUUGAGUGCUCUCAGCGCUCGGCCCAGGAGCUGCCAGUUGUGGAGUCCUGCAGCAUUACUUCCUGCUCGGUGGAAGGAGGAGAAGAGCUUGUGCUAACUGGUGCCAACUUCCUUCCGGAAUCAAAGGUCAUCUUUCUGGAGAAGGGCCCAGAUGGAAAGCUUCAAUGGGACGAGGAAGCCGUGGUAAAUCGAGAAAAAAGCUGUGAGUCUAAGCUGUACGUCCAGAUCCCUGCUUAUUGUGACAGAAAUGCCAGGCGCCCUAUCCAGGUCUGCUUCUAUGUCUUCAAUGGAAAAAGAAAGAGAAGCCCAACUCAGUGCUUCAGAUAUCUUCCAGCAGUGUUUAAAGGAGAGACUUCACAAGAGAUCUCAAUGACAGGACUCCUGCACUCCCCUGUUCCAGAUUUUAAUGGCACCAGAGAAACACCACCUGUCCGACUGUUGGAUCCUGGAGGAUUUUUAAGCCAAAUACCCCCAUAUCCAUCCAAUUUCCAUAGCUUUCCAACAUCUUACAGAGGGCAGGAUGAUCAGCAAACCCAGGCUAGUUACCCUCUGACAAAUUUGGGGCAUUCACCUGCACCGAUGGGAAGCUUUUCCACAAGGAAGUGGCAAGAUUCAGGUGAUGCAUAUGCAGAAGGAACAGAACCAACAACAUUUCAGUCUCUGCCUGUUCCUUCCGGCUUUGAAACAGAUUCUGGGAUAGGUUUAAAUGAUUUACUGCUUCCUCAUUUGCAAAAACCAUCACCAUCUCCUACAUUUACAUGGUUAGACACACAUUACUCUUCCUCAUCACCAUCUCGAACCUCAUCAGAUCAUUUUGUCCAAGACUCAACAGCUUCUCAUGGCUCCCAAACAAUGCCAAAGUCUUACAGUGAUUCUUCAUUUCAACUAACCACAUCCAAAGAAGUGUUUGAAUCUGGGAACCAUACCUAUUCUGUAAGUGAACCAGAGCAGCCAAUGGACGAAGGGUCUCUGUAUCACACAAAUUCAAUCAAUCCUGUCCAUUUUUUGCACUCCUUAACAGAUUAUGCACCGAAAGCUCAAGAUGUUUCACCCAUCCAUCCUCUUCAUUCCCAAUCUAACCAAGAAGGACAACUCCCUUCUUAUUCUCCAACAUCUUAUAACUAUACCAACUCAGGAAUGAGGCUAGAAAUAGAUAAUUCUCCUUCUUCAUCAAACACAAAUACAGAAACACAAAUUGCUCCAAAUUCUACUCGGUCUUCAUUUCCACAAAAACUAGAGCCGGGCCAUUUUCUAUCCAAGGGUGCAUCGGCUAUUAGUGUCUGCAAUAGCAUGAAUCUGGACUCCAGUGCACCACACGAGGGCAUUGAUCUCCCAGAAGAAGACCUGAAGACAGAUAUGGAAGGCUACCAUCUUCCUUUCCAAAACAUUCCAAUGCAAGGCAUAACUCUGGAGGAAGUCAAUGAAUUCAUAGGUGAGAACCUCAACUCAUUUCCGGAGACAAGCCUUGAAUCAAGAGAACUCUAAGCUACCUUACUUAGCUACAUUUCUGGCAGCUUUUUCAUGAUAAUUCGAACUAUAGAGGUGUGAACAGUAAUUAUUAACAAGUGUUAGCCUGCAAUAUUCCUUGUCUAACAAUCAAUGCAUUUUUCCUUGGCCAAUACAUCAGACUCUUAGUGGAAUCUUUCUUGCUAUCAGUUGCACAAGGUUCUCAGGAAUAGCUUUCAAAAUAUUUUGUUUUACCAUGUGACAAGUGAUGGACUGGCACUCCAUCCAAAUUGGCUAUUUCCUUGUAACCAUGUUGGUGAGAAGAAUCUAAACUGAAUUAAGUGGGUUAGACAAUGGAUGGUUGGAUGGAUGGAUGCAUUGUUUUUAUAAUAUAACCUAAGAUCCACUGGUAAGUCUUUAGUAGAAAGAAAAGCCAUCGUAGCAGAACUGACCUCUUACUAUUGGGUACAUCUACAUAAUCAGUUUGAAUUCUGACCUGGUCUCUGUCUGUGUCAAUUUACACAUUUUUCUCUCCUGCAUCCUAAAGAUUUGCCGGUUAGGCUAAUUGGCGACUCCUAAUUGGUUGUUCUAGUGACUGUGCAUUGCAAUGGAUUGCCACUGGGUCUAAUGCUGCAAAUGCUCUAAAGUUAAACCCUACUUAUGUCCUGCUUUCAAAGUCUGCACAUGCAUGACACUAUUGAUAUAUGCACAACUGAGGCAAUUUGACCAUAAAAAAACUUCUUGUAUUUUUUUAUAUAUUUUUAACAAAUCUAAAAUUUUUUGAACAAAAAUAGCACUUUUGUCAAAAAAAAUAAAAGGGACAUUAUGCUUAAACAAUAUAAUGCACUUGUGAGACCACAUCUGGAGUACUUUGUACAGAUCUGGUCACCAUACUACAAGAAAGACAUAACAGCACUUGAAGUUGUGCGGAGGAGAAUGAUUAGGCACGUCCUGGACUUAAAAACAUGUCCUACUCUGACAGGCUCAAAGACACUUAAACUGGUUUAUUGUCAAGCAAAGGAGGCUAAAUCCUAAUCCAGGUCUUCAAACUUCUUAAAGGCAUUAAUAAAGUAGAACCCUGCCAAAUUCUUUGAACUUUUCGGUGAAUACCAUUUGCAAGGACUCCAGCAAAAAUCAAGGGGAAGUGUAUUGAAGACUGAGCCAAGAAGCACUUCCUUACUCAAAGAGUUAUGGGAAUCUGGAACAAACUACUAACUCAUGUAUUUGAAGCAAAAACCUUAACAUCCUUUAAGAACUAUCUGGAUGAGAUAUUGGGACAGCUCAGCUACUAGCUAAACAAAGAAGCCCAAUGGACUGAAUAGAGAAAUUAAUAAUAAUUUAGCUUAACAGGGUUCAGAAUUCCAGAGUACACAAGCUCCAAUAAUCCAUUUUCCAAUUUAGUUAUCCAGUUGAAUCAUUUCUUGAUGUUCUUGUAAUAAAAGCCUUACAUACACUCUGUCAAAAGAGAAUAGCGGCAUUCAGAAGCAGAGGUGUAAUUUACAUGCAAGCCAGCAUUAGCCAGACAUGCAAUUAUAAGGUCUGCAUGUAUGUUAUGCUUACAGCUGCCACAAGAGAGCCAUAUAUCAGGUUCACUAUAAAGUUCAACUUUAACUUCAAGUUAAUUGGCAUGUGCACACUAUACUAUGAAAUUCUUGCUUGCAUGUGUACCAAAAGGGAUUAUCUGAACUGCUGCUAUUUAAAGGUAAAAUGGCACUUAAAUGACACCCCAGGUACUACCAAUAUCAGAGUUCUAAAGCUGGUUUA